UCGAAAGAAGGCGUUUUGGAGGUGUGUCUCUUGUCACGGCUGCGCGAUUUCGUCUGAUAAAACUUGAUCAAAAUGACGGAAACUCUGAAAGAUAUUGGACCUUUGGUUGGUGCAGUUGACCAGGGAACAAGCAGUACAAGGUUUCUGGUCUUUUCCUGUAAAACAUCUGAACUGAUUGCUCAUCAUCAAAUUGAAUUACAACAAACCUUCCCAAAUGAAGGGUGGGUGGAAGAGGACCCUAAAGAGAUUCUCUCAACGGUCAAAGAAUGCAUCAAUGAGACGGUCAAGAAACUCAAAGGUCAAGGGGUGGAUCCAGCGGGCAUCAAAGCCGUAGGGAUCACCAAUCAGCGGGAGACUACCAUUGUCUGGGAUAGGACAUCGGGGGAGCCCUUGCAUCCUGCUGUCCUUUGGCUAGAUGCUAGAACAGCUACCACUGUAGAUCAGCUUGUAGCUAAGACACCUUCCAAGACCAAGGAGCAUUUGCAACCUCUUUGUGGACUACCUCUAUCAACAUACUUCAGUGCAGUCAAGGUCAGAUGGUUGCUUGACAAUGUUCCAGAAGUCAAGAAGGCCGUUGACGAUGGACGAUGUAUGUUUGGAACGGUGGAUUCCUGGCUAACAUGGAAUCUAACAGGAGGUGUAAAGGGAGGACUUCACAUAACAGAUGUCACCAACGCAAGUCGUACCAUGCUUAUGAAUGUAACAAAGUUACAGUGGGAUGAUGAGCUUUGCAAAUUCUUUGAUGUACCUAAGAGUAUUCUUCCUGAGAUUCGUAGCUCUGCUGAGAUCUAUGGUGAACUGGUUGAUACAGCCCUCAAGGGAGUCCCCAUCGGAGGGAUUCUUGGAGAUCAGCAUGCAGCAUUAGUGGGACAGUCCUGUUUCAAGAAAGGCAUGGCUAAAAACACCUAUGGAACUGGUUGUUUCUUGAUCUAUAACACUGGUGAGGAACGAGUGUUCUCCAAGCACGGCCUAUUAACAACUCUAGGAUAUAAACUUGGAAAAGAUGCUCCAACUAUCUAUGCACUUGAGGGCUCUGUAGCAGUAACAGGUGCUGCAGUGAGGUGGUUACGAGAUAACUUGGGCAUCAUCAAAACAGCUCCAGAAGUUGAGACGCUGGCUAAAGAAGUUGAUAACAACGGUGGUGUAUAUUUUGUACCUGCUUUCUCCGGUCUCUAUGCUCCUUACUGGGAGGCCGAUGCAAGAGGGACUAUCUGUGGUCUAACUCAGUUCAGUACCAAGGCCCACAUAGCCAGAGCUGUCCUUGAAGCAGUAUGUUAUCAAACCAGAGAGUUAUUAGAUGCAAUGGACCAAGAUUCUGGUAUUCCUCUUGAGAAGCUUAGGGUUGAUGGUGGAAUGACUCAAAACAAUCUUCUUAUGCAGCUACAAGCAGAUACACUCAAUAUUCCUGUCGUACGACCUUCAAUGCCAGAGACCACAGCUCUUGGUGUUGCAAUGGCUGCCGGUCACGCUGUAGGUGUUUGGAAGAUAGAAGACGCCUCGGCUGGUAACACCGAUACAUUUACACCGGUCGUUGCAGAAGAUGUCCGUGAGUCACACUAUGCCAAGUGGAAGCUUGCCGUCCAGAAAUCAAUGAACUGGGAGGGGCAUAGUUACACCCCUGCAACCAAAGGUUCAACAUGUUGCCUGCCCUCUAUCAUCAACAUCCAGACAGUCACCACCAUUGUGACAUCAUCAGCCGCUAUACUCUUUCUUGCAUACUGCAUAAAGAAAUCUCUUUAACUCAUUUUCAUCUGUGUCAAUGUUGCUCUAAAUCAUGCCAUGUUUAAUCUUAACUUUCCUUGCCUCUAUUCGACUUACAUGUAUGAAUGUUUUGUAUAAUGGGUGUUUAUUUCAGUGAAAUUUUUUUCAAUAACACAUAUGCCUGAAUUCAGAAAGGUGAGUUUGAAUCCAUGGUCAGUUUAAACCUUAUUUUGAUUCAUUUAAUUCAGUGCAAUAGUUGAGAAAGCACUUUAGUGAAAGUGUGCUUUUUCACAAUAUGCUUAAACAAUGUUAGCAAUUUAGGGUGCAGGAUUAAUGAGCCAACUGUUUUGAAAUAAUGAGUCCACUGUCUAUCUUAACCAUUGUGGCUCAUUAAUAUAGUAACCUUAGUAACUAAUAGACCAGUGGUAGUUCUAGCCAGGUUGAACACAAUACCAUUUCAGGGUCAUAUUGUUUAUGCACAAUAGCCUCUAAAAUCUAUUGUGUCUAAUCCGGCUAGAUCUUUGCCUGUGACAGACAUCAAUUCAGCUCCGUGUGGCAAAAGGGUGCAUUCAUUAUUGGACCCUAUCCAGCAUACACAUUGAAUUACUUGAAAUCACUUUUACAAGCCAUGGUUUCAAACUAUGGAGUAAAAAAUGCCUUUGUGAAUUCAGGCCAAAAUGACUUAGGGCCUUUUCACAUGUAAAUCUUGAAUCAUCAUUGUAAUAAUGAUUGCGAUUGUAUUCUUGGCUGUGAUUAGCAUUCGUGAUGCUAAUCAUGUUCUAGUUUGGUUUCAUACGUGCUAAAUGUUCGUCCAGGGCCUUAUUUUUCACUGGAAUCAUCAUUCAAAUUACGAUUUUGGAUAGCCCACUUUUAGUUAAAAUCUGGCUUCAUUUGUUUCAGCUGCUUGCAUGUGUCACAAAACAAACAAAACCCAUAACACCAAUUCAAAAUAGAUUUUUUUUCUCGAAAUUGUCACUGAAGUGUUUCUCUUUUAUUUUCAAAUUCUAUCUUAAUAAACUUUAUGUUGGAAUGAUCUUUCCUUUAACAAGAUCUCAGCUCUAAGAUACACAAUUUAAGAAAUUUGAUAGACAAUGUGAAAUAUACACCUGUAUUGAGAUAUAUAUGAUUGAAAUAUAUAUGAUAGGGGUUUUUUGUGUUUUAAAUUUGAUGUGUGAUUUCUACCAUGUAGACUUGUUUGGUGCUAAAUCGAAAAAUAUAAUACAUGUAUUCUUGAAUAGUCAUGAAGUGUGAUUAUUGUAUUCUAGAGAUUGAAACAUGAAAUGUGUCAUAUUUGAAUAUGAAUGUUAUUUUCGAUUGGUAUUUACAUGUAGUUCAAUACGAUUGGCAGUGUUAGCAUCUCAGAAAAUCUGUGAAUAUAAUGAAUUCAAUUUUUGUUCCUCAUUUUACAUGAAAUGUGCGGUAAAUAGAAAAAUAGAGAUAUUGCCUAUUCACAUGAGACAUACAUGUAAUUACAAUAACAGAUUUUGUAAUAUAUUAAUUAGUAAAUAACUGGAUGAUUUCAAACUUUUCAGAUUAUUGAUCAAAUGUAUAUCUCAAAGGAUUGGUACAUUGUGCCUUUACAUUUAUUACACUUGGCAAGAGUACAUUAUGGCAAUACAUUUUUUCAACUUUUUAACAAUUUGUGAAUGGUCAUUAUUCAAAGCAUACAUGAUACUCUGGUGCUUUUAUUUUUGAAAGGUACCAUUAGUCAAUAGAUUUAUAAUUUUCAUCAUCUAGAAAUCUUAAGACAAUAAAUUUUCUCCUUUUAAUAUUCUCAUUAUUGCUCAAGCAAUCACAUUAUCUUAAUACAAUCAAUCGCGUGAGAUUAUUUCAUACUGGCCUGCCACAACUUCAGCUAUCUUUCGACCACGGAUUCAUCUAAGUUUAAGUAUGGAUAACUAAAUCCGUUGAUUUUUUAAAUCUUGAUACACAAUCCGCAUUGAAUCACAUUGAUCACAUUGAUCACAAUCCGCAUUGAUACACAAUCCGCAUUCAGGGCCCCAUGGAAGACCACUACUUAUUGGUGAAUGGGCUACCCUGUCAAAAUAUCAGAAAUAAAUAAAUAAAAUAAAUAAAAUUGUUCCCGAGUUAUUAUUAAAACCUGCUGGAAAUGAGAAUUAUGAUUAUAGAUAUCCAUUGGCUUAUGUAAAAAAGGAUGUACAAUUUUAAUAACUUUACUAUUAUUUCUGUCAUGGAACCAUGGUGACACAACAUAUGCUCCUGCGACAUUUGCUCCGGUCUUAAUAUCUCAGAGGUUGUACUGUUAGAGUUAGAAUUGCAUAUUGUUUUUGGUUCAGAAUAAUGUAAUGAUUAGGAGUAGGGUCUAUUACUCUAGGAGGUUAGGUUUAUGUAUUGCUUAACGUGCAGAUUUUUCAUCGGAGCAAUUGUCGCCAGAGCAAAUGUCAUGGAACCGGAUAUACCAUGGUAGUUAUCACAAUAAUAAUAAUAAUAAUAGUCCUUGUAUAGCUCAUAACACUUUAUGAAUAACGUCUCAAUGCACUUCCAAAGGACUUGGAUAUUAUUACCCUGGCUGUAGCUCAAGCAGCCUUUACGCGCUCGGCAUUUCAAGGAAUAAAUUCCUGCCAGGUACCCAUUCACCUCAACUGGGUUGAGAGUGCAGCACAUUGUGGAUUAAUUUCUUGCUGAAGGAAACUAUGCCAUCCAUGGCUGGGAUUUGAACCCACGACCCUCUGUUUCAAAGUCCGGAGACUAAUCCACUGGGCCACAACGCUCCACACAAUGGCAAUGUUACUAAGAUCGUAUUCCUUUAAGAAACAGGUCCCGAACAGUCAUUCAUGUAACAGAACACAAUAAGCAAAGUUUUGACAUCUGAUUAUUAAAUUUCCACCAUUGUUGAAUUAUAACUGGAGUUCAUAUUGAUGGCCUAUGUGUGUAUUAAUAAUCAUAAGGCUCUUUCAGUGAUAAGUGUGUGUUUGAUGUGAAUAUAGUUCUUCAGAAGAAUCAGCGAUAUAUAUAUAUUACAUCAUAUUACUGCUUAUUUGUAAUGUACAGAUGAUAUUGUCAUGACGCACAAAUAUGUAAAGUCUCUUGAAGUGGAUGUGUUUCAUUAAAGACACAUUUAACCUUAGGUUUUACUUCAUUUUCUUCUAUUGAAAUUUAGUAAUAAUAAUUGGGAAUCUAUAUUGUGCCAUCUAUUUAUAAAUAAUCAAUUCAGAGGUGCUUAAUUCAAUGUAUUGAUCACCAAAUGGUAUUCACAAAAUAUACAAAUCACCUCGUAAUUACUUUUGAAAUAUGAGAAAUAACAUUCUUAUUAUGCAUCAAAUGUGUUAUGCAGUUUUACUCUAUUGUCUUUAAAAUUAUCAGAUAUUGGAACCCUUUUUUUACAAUUUCACUAGUAUUGGGGUUUGUUUUUUAACAGAAAAAAGUGUACAAUGCAGUUCAAGCCAUUUUAGUCUUUGAAUGUCAUUAGUAUGGUUGCUUUGUCAGUAGUCAUGAAUGUUCCCUCAAAAUGUAUUUGUUGGCAAAAAUAUUUAUAAUUCAUAUGGUAUAUAUUUCAUGUAGGAACCAUUACCCCCCUCUAGUAUUAUGGAUUAUGCUUUUCAAAAAGAAGUGUAAGAAAAAUAUUUGUCCAACCUUCUUAAUAGAUUGUGUUCCUUUGGAGAUAUGAAAAUGAAUGAGAUUGUGGCCUCUGUGUACUCAAACGAUUGUGAAAUAAAAUCUAAAGAACAAUUGGAAUAUAAAUUCCUUUAUUUGAUAAGCAAAAUGUUGUGCAUGUACACUCAUGAUACAUGACGUCAUAAUUGUGUUCUUCAAUUGCAUUUUACACUCAUUUGAAAAAGCAAUACUAGAUACAUGAAGUGUCUUCCUCUAUUCAGUGGCAGAUAGAUUUGAAAUUGGACCAAACAGGGUUUUAGUUUAUAUUUACAGAUGAUCAAUAUUAUGUAGGAAUAGUUUGUGAUGGUUCAUCUUGUCAUAUUCCUUACAUUGUAGGUAAUUUCAUAUUCAGUGUAAGUGCUGGUGUUGAGUGUUAUUGUUGGUGUUGGAAGCACAAUUUAGAUUGCCUUCUAGACCUCUAACACCUAAUCCAGUGUGGUGUUUGUGUUGGUGUUAGAAGCAAGAUUUAGAUCACCUUCCAAAACUUCAACACCUUAUCAAGAUGGUGUUCGUGUUGGUGUUAGAAGCACAAUUCAGAUUGAAUUCAAGAGCUCCAACUUCUUAUCAAGUUUGGUGGUGUUAGAACAAUUCAGAUUGCCUUCCAAAAUUCCAACACCUAAUCAGAAUUCAUAAAAAAAUUAAAUAAUUACACUAUUGAUAGCUCUACACCAAAUGAGACUUGUCCAAAGAGGCCGAGACCAGGCUUAUUUUUAUCUUGGUACUGUGCUGGUGUAAAAAUCAAACCAACACAAACACUGAACUUGAAAUCACCCAGCUGGGUUGAAUUAAUUUCUGAUGCAUAGCCCUGAAAAUCAUACAAAUUAUAACACAAAUAUGUUUCUGCCUCUACAAAAUCAUUCAGAUAGACAUAUUCCAACAGUUCAACUUAUUCAAUGGAAUACUAGUGAGAAAUUUAUUGGUGUACAGAUCAAAUUGUGGUGGUGUUUGAUCUAGUGUUGACAAUGACAUGUAUUUAGUAAUGUUGUGAAAACUUGUAUGCUAUAGCAUGUUUUUUUUUUUUGGGGGGGGUGGGGAGGGAAUGAGAUAUGGAUGCUGUGAAGCAUCUAUGUAGAAAUGUAGGAAUAGAUAAAUGUUUAUAGACAAUACAUCUAUAGUAUAUAAAAUAAAGAAGGAAACUGUUUCUGAGG